AUGUCCAAGGGGUACACGGUGGUGUCUGUGAUGAGGCAGCCGCAGGAGACGGUGAUCAAUGAGAGCCUCAUCCGCGACUGCAUUUAUCUCCCGCCCACGUGCACCACGGAGGAGGAGCGCCUGCGGUUUGUGGGUGCCCGAGAGGAAACUCGGCGGCAGCAGCGGGUAAAGUUGGCAAUGGAGACGAUGGAGCUGCAUAGGGUGACGACGCUUCUCGCCUCCUACCGCCACAUUGGGAAGAUCGAGAAUCUUGUGGGGCUGGGCAACCUCACAAAGCUGGCGCUAGACAACAACAACAUCUCGGCGAUAUGCAACUUGGGGCACUUGAAAAAGCUGCAGUGGCUCGAUCUCAGCUUCAAUCAGAUCACAGAAAUCAGUGGAUUGGAGGAUCUUCUGGAGCUGGAAACCCUAUCUUUAUUUUCCAACAAGAUUACGGUGGUUGAAGGCUUAGAGGCGAAUAAGAAACUGAACUCGUUGAGUCUGGGAAACAACUGCAUAGAGGGGCUUGAAGAAACAGCUCGGUACCUGCAUCAAAUGAGAAGCCUUUGCAUCUUGACACUGAAAGGUAACCGUGUGGAGAAGCAGCCACACUACAAGGUCCGCCUUCUUGCGUUUGUUCCGACGCUCCGGUUUCUUGAUGGCCGGGUUAUUCGCCCGGAAGAGAUUGUUAGCGCACGCGAGGAACAGCGGGAGAACUUGGUGCCCAUUGACGAGGAUGAUGAGCGCGCUGCCGAGGCGGCCAAGGUGGAGCAGGAGUCGGAUAAGGCACGGAAUGACUACCAGCGGUUUAACUGCCCCGAUGAGAACAAGUUUUACGAUGAGCUCUUCCGCUUGGAGUCUGAUGGACGCGGCCUAGCGGAGUUGCUUCAAGUGGACAUCAUUGCCUCGCUUGCCAAAGACCCUCUGGAGAAGUACCAGACAGAGUUCACGGAUAAGGCCAAGGAACUUGCCGAGACGAUGAAGGCGAUCCGCGCAAAGCGGGAUGAUGACGAGCGUGCCUUUAAUGCAGCUUCGGUCCGUUACAAGCAGAGGAACGCGGAUGCAUGCAAGGCAGUGAUUAAGCAGUUUGAGAAGGAGGUCAAGGUCCACAUUCCACGUACAAAGUGGGGGCACGAGACGGAGGCCGACGCCCUUUCAACUGAAGUAGCCGCGCAGCUCGAAAAGCGUCUUCGCGAGGUGCGGCACCAACUCUUAGAGAAGGAGGCGGACCAAUAUGACGCAUUGGAGGCCCUCAACGCCGGAACUAUCGCAAAGUGGAAGGGAGAUGGCGUUGAUGUCGUGCUCCAAGCCGCGUUUGAAAAUUUUAUGAAGAUGGAGGCGGACUUUCAGGUUUCCCUCCGGCAGUUGUUUGACUCGCUUUUUGACAUGCGACAGAAGCAGGAUAAUUCGGCGGAGUCCUACCACCUCACGAAGCAGGAUGAGAGCGUCAUGACAAUCAUUGACAACAAGGAAGAGUACCAAAAGGUUUUAGGUGACUGGUUUGAGCUGCGACGAAAACGUUUGGAAGAGCUCGAGCAGGUGCACCUUAACAAUGAAGAGAAGCUUCUUAGGGAGCGCUCCACCCGCAUUUUGAGCGAGGAGCAGAGUCGUCAUCGGGCUCGUCUGAACGAAAUUCACGAGUUUGUAGAGCAGAUGAAGAGUUUGCUGGGAUGCGCGGGGUAA